AUGUACAAACCCAACUCACCAUGGACGUGGGCUUUCAGCCUGAUUGCCCUCGCGCAGGCCGCCAUAGUCCUUGGCUUUGAGAGUGCUUGUCACAGGCUGAUUGUCGAUCAAAGCUAUGCGUUUGCUCAUUACCAGAUUAACCUCGACAAAAUCAGCAGCGAAAAUGACAAAGCGUCGCGCACCAUCCCGACCUUUGAAACUCUCUAUAUUUUUGGAUUCCUCUACCAGCUGAUACUUGUCUGGGAUGCUCUGCGCAUGAAAAACACCAUUCAAGUGAUUGGACUGGUCAUGUACAAUGUCGGCCUUCUCAUCUACGGAGCCGUCCAGAUGUCACAGUCCAAGGAGGCCAUCAGCGCAUUGUCGAAGGCUUCUGAUCACCGUAUACAGAUCUGGAGCGACACAAAGCCCUUCCUGAUCGCCAUCCCGUGUGUUCUGGCGUUGGGAACAGUCCUCAUGGCAGCAUGCGCCUGGAAACUAUAUGAUGAAUUUGCCUGGACGAUCUACAAACGCAUCUCAGCCGAUUUGAGAAUGAAGCGACGCUAUCUCCAAUAUCAAGUCUAUAUCGCCCUGUUGAAGUUUGACUUCUUCUUCUUCCUCGGAUUUACAGUGCAAUUUGUCGUCAUUGUUACCACGAGGAAGGCAGAGUUCGCGCUUACGAUUGCAGCUAUCCCCGUCACCAUUCUCAUCUUGCUGGCUGCUGCAUGGUUUGUGCGAAGGGAAAAUCUGACCGGCACAAUUGGGGUUAUUUUCCUCUAUUUUGGUGGCCUUGGCUACUUCAUCUUUAAAAUGUUCCGCAUGUAUUCCUCCUCUCACGACUCGCCUUAUCUCCCGGCUCGAAAGGAACUCACUAGUUUCGCUGUCCUGACCAUCAUCCUCAUCAUCAUGACCAUUAUCAAUGCUUGCAUAUGUGCCAGUAAUUACAAGAAGGGUCUCAAGCCCUACAUCUACAAGUCUACAACCCUUGAUGACGACGAGAAACCUAUUGGAAGCGCAUAUGCACCGUAUGCCACGGAGAUGGGGCAGGGUAACAAAUACCCGGCACCAGGGCCUUCCGCCAACAGAAUGGAAAUCGACUAA